GUCUUUUCGAAUUCUAUUUUAUCGGAAUCCGAAAUCCGAUUUAGAUUGGGUCGAUCAAAUUUCCGGUUUUUUCCGAAAUAUGCACAGGCAGCUCUACCCAGAACCACCUGUUGUCAUCCCAUACUCGCCAGUCGCCACCCUUCCACCGCCGCUCUCCUCUCUUCUCUUCUCCUCCAAUUAAUGUUAAGAGCGUGGGUUUAGCUUAGAAGCGUGGUCAGGUAACCAACUUAUUGGCUUCUUCUUCUUCAUCGGACGGACCAGAUUAAUAUCAUAUCACAAAGAAGAAUUAGACUAGAAGAAUAAUAGGGAUUGGAUUGGAGCGGAGAAGAUGGGGUGGUGGAUGUUGCCGGACGAGCUGUGGAGAAGAAUACUCGAGCUUGGAACCACCUCAGCCUCGGCCUCAGCCUCAAAUCCUCCUCCUUGUCGUCUCACCUACAGAGACCUUUGCUGCCUCUCCAUCACUUGCAGACGCCUCCACAGACUAUCCUCUGAAGAUUCUCUCUGGUCGUCUCUGCUCCUCUCCGAUUUCCCUCCUCCUCCUCCCAAUGCUUCAUUUAAUUCUACCUCCUCCUCGUCUUCUUCUUCUUCUUCUUUGAAAGCCCUCUACAAAAUCAGGUAUGAGAGGAACCGAGAGCAGAAGCGCCUGGCUCAUAGAAGAAUUAUUCUCAGAAUUGAAAGCGAAGUAGCUGAGUCCUCCAGAAAGAUUCGUGAAAUGGAGCUUCACUUAGCUCAGGAAAGGGAAAAAAUGAGGAUAACAGUUGCUGAAUUACUCAACUUGCGUAGAGUCAGGCAAGCAUCGGUUGCGUUGAAAGUGUGGCAACCAGAGGUAGUUCGAGGUACACAAAAGCAGAUGGUUGAGCAAUGUGAUGUACCUGUCGAGUCUCGGAUUAGUGCACUUGAGAUGGAGCUCAGGCUUUGCAAGCAACAAAUUGCAAAUUAUGAUAAGGCUCUUAAAGUUGAAAAUCGGAAGGUUGACAGAGCAAAAGAACAGUUGGAAUCAGUAAAAUAUCACCCUCUGCCUGACUUUAGCAGGAAUGGCAACAGGAAUGACAAACAUGGCAUAAGAAGAAAAAGGUCGAAACAUGCAUGAAUAUAAUGUUCCCAUUUUGAGGUCUAAACAGAGAAUUCCAGAAAUCAACUUAGAAGGUAAACUCUAAGCUAAUAAAAAUGGUGGAGAUAGGAAACUCUUGUAGUACAGGUGGUGGCUUUCCAGGUACUUAGGAAUAUCAAUACCACCCGGAAAGUACCUGGAAUAUCAAUAUUCCAGUAAGAAGUCCACAUCUUUCUAGCUGCAGAAACUAGGAAGUACCGAGACAAAUGGAGUAUAAUGCGUCUUUGCAGGUACUUGGAAUGAUGCUAAGAAACAAGAACUAAAAGUGCCAAUUUUGGAAAGAUGAAUUAAUUCGUGACAAUCUGAAAAUUGUGUUUUGAGCUAAGGAAUACCACUCAGUGACACAUUAACAUGCUUUAUUUGAGUAAAAUGUCAUCUUCAUCAAGACUUAUGCAGUUCCAACUGGUAACGGUCCAGAGGAAAGCAAAUUUUAAGGGCAUUGUCUUAAAUCCCCAUCAAUCCAACACUGUGGAAGCUGACCUUUUCAGAGCCACAUUCAAGUCCGCCUCUUCUUUAUUGUUGAGAGCUUCGUCACUUGUGGCCAACAUGACAUCAAGGUAUUUUCCAGAUGGUAUUGAAAUUUACUUCAUAAUGUAGGAGGAAAGAUGCUUGAUGCCAUGCUUCUUAACAUGACCCUCCACGGCUGCAUUGCUGCUCGUGGCAUGAUUUCACAAUAUAAAUCUUGAGCAGCCAGAAGGAGUUCGCAAUCUAAUUUGCUUGAUCUCCGAGCGAAUUCGAAUGGAUGGAUGUCUAGUGUUUGAUUAUUAUCAUCUCUAUCCUCAGUUCCUGGAAAUGAUUAUCCCACAGAUACUAGAAGGGAAGAUCACUUAUGUGGAAGACAUAGCUGAAGGCCUUGAGAAUGCCACAUGGGCUUUGAUAGGGCUAUUCUUUGGGCGCAACAUUGGGAAGCAGGUGGUAGCUGUUACCCGUGGAUAGUGUACAUCAUCUAGAAUUGUCCUUUUCACGGUUUGUGCUUUGGUUUUGUCUAGUAUACUUGGUAUCUCGUGCAAUGCUGGGAAGCAAAUAGUAGCUGUUGCAAACAUUUAAUAAUGUGUGUUGAGUGGAACUCACGGAAGUGCUUUCAGCUUUGGUGCUUGGCUUUGUCUUAUAGACCUGGCAUCUUGUCAAAUAUAUAAAUAGAAUCUCACUGCUUUUCAGAGCCCAAUAGCAGCGUUAAUCUAAUCUUUUUGUGGUCUGUUGAGUACAGGAAAGAUCAGUUGGUGGUUUUCUGUGUUACAGAUAUCAAUCAACAGCAUUUUGCCUUAAGAAUGACAGAUGCAGCAUUUUGCAUUAUUUCCACAGACUUGACAUGGAAAAACAGAUGACUUCUGUAAAUCAUUUGGAAUCCAAUGGGUGUUAACAAAUAGGUACAGUUAAAGUUGUGAGGAAAAGAGAGAAAAUUGAGAAAAUAGUUCAACUGCCAAUUGAGGUACUAAAAACUAAGGAGCUGUUGGUUCAUCAACCUCUCUCUAGUGAGACAAACAUGGUGAACAACAGCUUGUAGUAAUGGAGAACUACCUGACAAGGAUGCUUUAGUUAAAGGUAUGCCAAGGUCUUUGUUCCCUUCAAAUCACAUGCAUUUUAAACCAAGCUGCUUGGUUAAGAAAAGAGUCUGCACGAAAUCUUGCAAUGACUGUCUACUAUGUUUUAAAACCUUUUAAUUUGAUAAUUAUAAUUCUGGAUGGGAAAUGGUGCCCUGUGGCAGGACAUAUACUACUUUAUUAAAAGAGACUUGAGCAGCUCACUCCUUGUGAGCUUGUUGCUGUGCCUGAUGCAGAUGGUGCUACUAUCUGUUUGUUUAGCAGUACCGGAUGCAUUACAGUUAGAUCAGCUUUGAAAGUUCUUUGUCCUGAUGGAAAUAAUUGUUCCUUGUCAUAAACUGGUUUGGGAUCUGUGCCCAAGUUCUCUCUAUCUUGUGGCUGCUAUGUACAAGGAGAUUGCAUACUAAAGAUAAAAUGAGAAGAUUGGGAUGUUUGAAAGGCUCUUCUGACUGUGUUUUAUGUAAUGGUGCAGAGAAGUCUAUCGAACACCUAUCUUUCUGAGUGCAAAAUAUGCCUUAUGCUCUGUUUUCAGAGGUUCAUACCCUUGCUCUGUGGAACUUCUUUGGCUAUGCUAGCAUUGAAUGUCAAAUACCUUUGUGGAUAAAUUCCAUAGGCUGGCUCUAGCUGUUACAGUCUACUAUGUGUGGAGAGCUAGAAAUGAAGCAAUUUUUCAGAAGAGACAUUUUUCUGCAGUUGGCAUCAUCACAAACAUGGUUGAAGCACUGAGGCACACAGGAACCUCCUGGAGAGGUGUCUCCAGAACCAAAGAAAUCUGGAAGCUGAUCCUUGAAUGUGGUAUUUCCCACAGGCGCUUUUGAUAGGCAUUAGCUAUCCUGUAUAUAGUGAGUUGUAUUGAUAGUGUUUGGCUUUCUGCUAUGUACAGGUAGCUGUAGCUAUGUGUGUAAGCUUCUCAUUUUCUUUAUCAAAAAAAAAAAAUUUCUUUUGCCCAA